UUUGCGUCCUGCUCUCCUUCCCCAUAGCUGUCGUUGCAGUGACGAGUCGCCCUUCCCCUUCGACUGAUUGUUCCCUUCUCUCAGCACUACGGCAAUCGAACAAGUUCACAUACAAACACCAGGUCUAUCCAGUCUCCUCAAUGUCCUUCCAACCGUCUGAAUCUUUGACCGUCGAUGCAGAGAAACAAGAGCUUCCACCCGAUGCAUCUACUAAUAAAUCUGAACAAGCGCUCAGCAUCCCUCCUGCGGACGCGGAACGCGAGGAGGUUUCUGAUUUAUACGAGGUCAUCUUAGAUCUCGACCAGAGCCCGAAGCAUCUGUCUACUCCGAGAAAAUGGACCAUCCUUCUCACGAUCAGUAUGGGUGCUUUGUGUGCCACCUUUGCAUCCUCAGCGGCAGCCUUCACCGAGGCUGGGCUUGCUAGAGAUUUGCAUACCGUCCACGAGGUCACGAUUCUAGGUGUCAGUCUGUUUGUGGAAGGCCUAGGCUUUGGGCCCUUACUUGUGGGGCCUCUAUCCGAGGUUUAUGGCCGGAAUCACAUCUACUGCGUUUCCUAUUUCUUGUUCUGGGUCUUCACGUGGCCCGUGGCCUUCCCGCCUAACAUUGCAACCUAUCUCGUAUUUCGCUUCAUAACCGGAUUUUGCGGUUCGGCGUUCCUCAGCGUGGCCGGUGGCAGUGUCAGUGAUAUGUUUGUCAAUGAGAAGGUCGCAACUCCCAUGGCAGUUUACACUUUGUCUCCAUUCCUCGGCCCAGUGAUCGGUCCUCUAGUAUCUGGGUUUAUCUGUCAAAACGUUGACUGGCGAUGGACAUAUCGAGUGCUGCUCAUCUGGCAAUUUGUGGUCCUCCUUAUGCUGAUUCUGCUCGUACCGGAAACGUACGAACCGGUCCUGGUGAAGAGGAAGGCUGCACGCGUGCGCAAGGAGACCGGCGAUGAGAAAUACUGGGCACCCCUCGACCGCCGUGAGCGAAGCCUGUUCCACGCCAUUUUGUUUAACUGUUACACUCCUUUCGAGCUCCUCCUGUACGAUCGUAUGGCGCUAUCGCUUAACGUAUGGACCGCGCUUCUCCUAGGCAUCCUAUAUCUGGCAUUCCAAGCAUUCCCUAUCAUCUUCGAAGACAUCCACGGAUUCAACUACCAAGAGACGGGCCUAGCAUUUCUCGGAAUCGGCAUUGGCAUGGUGGCUGCGUUGGCUUCACAACCGCUUUGGAACCGUUAUAACCGCAGAAUGCGAGAGAAAUAUGACGGCAACCCGCCCCCAGAGACGCGUCUCGUUAUCGGACAAGUCGGCGGAAUACUCGCCCCAAUAGGCCUAUUCUGGCUCGCGUUUACAACCUACCGCGGCGUACCUUGGAUUGUUCCCAUUAUCGCCUCCGUUCCGUUCGGUGCCGGGAUUUAUUUCAUCUUCACGUCCGUCUUCACGUACCUGGUCAUUGCCUACCGUCCCAUCGCCGCGUCCGCGAUGGCCAGCAAUAGCGCCUUGCGCUCGGCAUUUGCUGCUGCAUUCCCGCUUUUCGCAGGCGCGAUGUACGAUCGGCUAGGUGCUGUCGGAGCCACUGCCCUCUUGGCAGGUCUGACGACCCUCAUGGCGCCGCUUCCAUUCAUCUAUUACAAGAUCGGCGCCAGGUUGAGGGAGAAGUCCCGCUUUGCCGCGAAGCCUUGAACCCUGUCUCAGGCUGUCUGUGGCUUUCAGUAUCUGCUCACCUACAGCACAUAUUUCAUGCUACAACCUAGAUGACAUCCUCCAUAAUACUUCAUGCUGCGAUCCGCAUGACGUCCUUCUCUAUACGUCCUGCCAUGAUUUAGAUGUGAUUAUAGUACCUGUAUUUCUUAGUUCCUACGCAAGACAAAGCAAGACGUCGGGAAGCUUACCCAUACUAUGUUUUACAUAUACGUCUGUGGCCUACAUCGUGUCGGAUGCAAUGCCGAAGACGUCUUGCGGAACUCUGAACACCGUGACCGAGAUCAUGUUAGGACUUACAGGCUAACAGCCAGAUCUGCCACCAGCUCCCCCCAUGUGCAUUUUUAACGCUUGCAUUCUGUAAACCGCCUUAAGUGCCGUCGCUCUAAGGUUGUCCAAGAGCGGCUGAUGAUAAGUUG